GCCCCACCCCCAGGCCCAACCCCACUGCCCCAGGCGCCCGCGAGCAGAGCUCGGGCUCUCGCCACAAAAGCCUCCUGGGCUCGGGGAGGGUUCCGGUCUUUCCGUUCCCCUUCGUUCCGUGUCCGUCUCGCCCACCGCCCGGCUGCCAGUCAUGGCCCCGUCUUUCCGGCCCAGCCGAAACCGCUGCGGGCGGGAGGAGGAUGAUUUCUGGGAGGCAAAGGGAGACCGAAAGGCCAGGAAGCCUCUGGUAGAGAAGAAGCGGAGAGCCCGGAUAAACGAGAGCUUACAAGAGCUGCGCUUGAUCCUAGCGGACGCCGAGUUUCAGAUGAAGAUGGAGAACGCGGAGGUGUUGGAGCUGACGGUGAAGCGAGUGCAGGGCGUCCUUCAGAAUCGGUCCCUGGAAUCGGACAAACUCCACCGGGAGGCGAGUGAACGCUUUGCGGCUGGCUAUAUUCAGUGCAUGCAUGAGGUGCAUACCUUCGUCUCCACCUGCCCCGGCAUUGAUGCCGCCAUUGCUGCUGAGCUGCUCAACCACCUGCUGGAGUCCAUGCCCCUCAACGAAGGCACCAGCUUCCAAGCCCUGCUCGGAGAUGUUCUGGGGGACGCUGCGGCAGCCGGACCUGGAGGCAGCAUGUGGCCUGGGGGAGACAGCUUGGGCUCCCCUGGGGGCCCCUUGUCCCCACUACCCAGCCCUCUGUCCUUGUCACCUAGUGAGGACAUUUGCUCUGACCUAGAAGAGGCCACCGAGGCAGAACUGAGCCAGGUGACCCAGGAAGGGCUGGACGCUGCCCUCUGCAUCCCCAGCGGCUUGGCUUCCUCUGCUGUUUCCAAGUGCAUGUGGAGACCUUGGUGAUGAGCUGAGGGAGGGGAGCUCCCUGAGCUGCCUCAUGGGUUCAAGGGGGAUGGGAUGCACCUGGCUGGCUCCCCUUCCUUCUUCUCUCCCUCCACUCCUCCUCCUCCUUUUCCCUGGCCUCCUGCUACAGGUCCAGGCUGGACACAUUGGCUGGAUCCUAGAUCUGUGUGUCUCUCUGUCUGUCUGUCUGUCUAGGGUCUGAGUUUGCAGACAUGCAGAGUAGCUGGCCGGUGGGCUGAUAGGCCCAUACAGUUGAAUUUCCCCAGUGCUCGUUGUGUGUUGGGGGGGGGGGGGAUUUCAUUUUGUAUAUUUUUCUUUAGCUUUUCUUGGUUCCAGCUUUUUCUUGGGGGGAAUAGGGGACCAGUAGCAGCCCAGGAAAGGGCCCAGUUUAAAGUUAGUUCCCACCACCACCACCACUCCAAAGCCAAGGUCUAGGAGUCUGCUACACUCUUCUGCUUGUGACGGGGCAUCAGGCAAGGGGCUGCGGUCUGGGGUGGCUGGGGAAACUUAGGAACCUGUGAACUGACUUAAAUUUUACACAUCACCCAAGUGUCCUAGAGAAAGAAGCACACAAAAUCCCAGCCAGGGCUUGGUAUUCACUUACUAGUCACUCAUUUAAUCAGUCAACAGACAGUACCUAUUCUGUGCCAAGUUGAGGGAGGUAGAGGGUAAUGUCAAAGGCCCUGCUCUCUAGGCACUUAAUGAUGGAUAGGGUCCUGUGUUCUUUUUUCCUGCCAUUAGUAAAGGGGAAGGCUAGAGAAAACAGAAAAGGGAGAGACACACAAUCAUACACACACACACACACACAGGGCAGGGAGCCCAGUGAGAAAAGAGCCUUCUGAGUGGUUUGCAUUUGGCAGACUUUGAAAUAGUAUAUCUUAGGGUGCUACCAACUUUAAAAUAUUUUUCUUUUAAUAAAAAAAAUGGAUCUUAUGGGCUUUGGGAGUGUGUGGUUGGUUCCUAGAUUCAUUAUUGGACAUGUGUCUUUUGUUGAGGAAACACUGAGCCACUCAGCACUUAUUUCCUACACAAGGGAUAUUGUGAAUAUGUUGGAACCAAAUGUUAUCUUUUUGAAAUUUUAAUGCUCAGAGUUAGAUCAGAGAAAAUAAUGUCUUGCUGGAGGCAGACCCUUGGGAGGAGGUGUUCAUAAGGCCUCAAAUUGUAACAGAAUCCCCCCAAUCUUGCUUAGCAGGGUCCAGCACUUCCAACUUUGUUUUGGGAUGCCCAGGAAGACCCAGUCUCUGCCUUGAAACUUACUGAAUUCUGUGCCUGUCUCUGCCACCUUUCCCAAGACACUGUAGAGGUCCAGAGAGACUGUUUGUCUCUUUGUGCAAGAAUUCUGGGAGUCUGCCCACCAGGACACAAGUGGGGAGCAGGGAUGGGCUAGCUCUAAAAGGGAAAGGUUUUGAGGACUCAAUGAAGUCUUGCCAUUGCAAACCUCUUCAAAUGAGGGCUUGAACACCAAAUCGGGGUUCAAACACAGAGGACUGGAGACAUCCGGGGUACAUCCGGGAGGAGCCUGGUUUGUUGUUACACAACACCUCCAGCUCUGGGACAACUGUCUUACGGGCCAUGAGUUGGUAUUGUGAAAGAGACUUUGGAAUAAUAAAAUGAAUAUGGAGUUUAUUAAA